UUUAACCCCUUUCUUGAUCAUUCCCAAAUCUACUAAACAGAACCCAACUCACUCUCUGGUUAGAGCGUUUAAUGAUCGUCAAUCAUCGUCCAAACCCAAACGAGAGCAAUUCUCUGGUUUUAAUUUCUGUCUUUUUUCUGUUCAGUCUCCACUAAUUUUGGUUUUCUUCUGCAAUUCCUUCUUUUUCUUUCUUUUUUUGGGUUGUAAAACUUGCUACGGAAGCAUGAGAUUUUCUUUAAAGAAUGUCUUGUUUUGUCACUGAUUUCUUUUCAUUUAUUUUUUAUAAAAUUGUUUUCCAAUAUGCUCAAAGAGGGAAACUCAACAAUCUCGUCUUGGCAUUAGUGAAUUCGAGUAUCUGUUUUGAAUCCCAUUAAGGGCACUCAACUCUUGGUGAUGUUCUAUACCAAAAGUCCAUGAUGCAGCAACAACAACAGCAACAGCAUGGGGAAAGCUCGCUUUACAGUUUAGAGAACAUUAAGAGAGACUACCGGUUGAAGAAGCAGAGAAUUCAUGCCGCGUUGUGGAUGAAAGAAAUUGAAAAGCAGGAGGAGGCCAAGCUUGGGGAUUCCACCACCUCCGCGGCUGGCCCAAAAGAUAUCGACAGGCCGCUCGACAGCUGUUCUGAAAAAGGUGGCAUGAAGAAGAAUCCGAAGAAGUCUGCGUGGCAUGAAGAAGAAUCCAAAGAAGUCACGGCAAACUUGGAUGGAACUAGUUGGAAUCACAAGUCGCAGGUAGGGAUAGAAGGAUAGAAGGAUAGAAGGAGAGAACGAGAGAAAGUGAGAGGAGAGAAUGAAAUGGUAUAUAGGUGAAAUGAGGGGUAUUUUUGGGAUGAUAAGAUAAAGAUGUUUUACUCAUAAGGGCUAAAGUGUUAUUUCAUUGCAUCAUUUCACAGAGACUGUCUAAUUUGGUGAAAGAGAGGGUGUGUUCCUAUAAUAUUGACAUUCUCUAAGAGGCGGUGUUGUAAAUUACCCUUAU